AUAUAUUUCAAGUGUGUAUUCAAAGACCCCAAAACACUCCCUCUUAUAUUCAUCCUCCUCUCUUUUUUUCAUCUUAGUCUUUUCUUUUCAACUUUAAACCUUAUCAAAUCAUAAAGGCUAUAUACCUACUUGCCACGUAACUCAUUUUUCAAUUUCUUAAACUAUUCUACAAUCCAGUCAGAAUAUAUAAACAAACAACUAAAGAGUUGUUUUGCUACAUUGUUGAAUAUGUCAAACAGAAGAUCAAGGCAGUCUUCAAGUGCUCCCAGGAUCUCCGAUGAUCAAAUCAUCGACCUUGUAACUAAGCUCCGUCAGAUUUUGCCGGAGAUUGGCCAACGUCGUCGUUCCGAUAAGGUGUCAGCCUCCAAAGUUUUGCAAGAGACAUGCAACUACAUACGAAACUUGAACAGAGAAGUUGACAACCUCAGCGAGCGUUUGGCUCAGCUUCUCGAAUCUGUCGAUGAAGAUAGCCCUCAAGCGGCCGUCAUUAGAAGUCUACUCAUGUAAUCUGUUAUGAGUUUCCAUAUAAUAUAUAUCAGCCGUCACGAGUUGGCAGUCUCUCUUCCGUUCAGAGGAUAAAGAGAAGCGUGGAAGUGUUGUGUACUGAACCAAGAACGUUCGAUCAGACCAUUAAGCACCAAAAGUUAUAAACAUUAGAUGUAAGGGUGGGUGUUCGGAUACCCAUUCGGUACGGUUCAGAUCUAUUCGGUUUCAGGAGGUUAAAGAUUUCAGCCCAUUCGAGUAUUUCUAAAUUUUAGUUCGAGUUUGGUUUGGAUCUUUGCGUGUUCGGAUUACCUAUUUAAAUUAUUUUAAAAUUUUAAAAAUUCAUUAUAUACUUUAAAUUUCUCAAACUCUAUAAAAAUAAUAUAUUACAUAUAAAUUUAAUAUAUGUCAAAAUACCUAAACUUAACAUAUAAUUUAGUUUGGUUUGAAUAUUUUGGAUAUAAAUCAAUAGAUAUUUCAAGUAUUUUUGGUGUUUUGAGCAUUUUUAAACUAUUUAAGGCAUUUACUUUGACUAUUGGUAUAUAAUUUCAAGUAUUUGGACAACUUUAAAGUAUCUUAUAUAUUUUGAAUGUUUUUAAGUAAUAAAUUAAAUGUAAAAAUAAUUAAUAUAUUUAGGUAUAUAAAAUCUUUUUUUGGAUAUAUUCGAGUACCCAAAAUACUUCGGUUCGAGUUGGGUUCAGUUUCGGUUUUUUAGAUACUAAAAUUUUGAACCCACUCAAAUAUUUAAUCAAUUUUGGUUUGGAUUUGGCACAACUUUUUCGGAUCAGGUUCGUUUUGGUUCUUCGGAUUCGAGUUUUUUUUGCCCAGCCCUAAUUAGAUGAGCGAAUUCUGUCUUAAACAAUUACGCAAAGCAAGACCAACGACAUCAUUAAGAUCGGUCCACACCCCCGUUAAGGUAAACCAGUGACUGGAGUACUCAUCAAUACUAUUAAAACAGAAGCAAUUUUUAUCUACUUACAAAUAGUCUAGGUUGCACCAUUAUAUUUAAUUAUAUUUUUUUAUUAUUUCUACUCAUAUCUAAUUUAAUUGUUAAAUAUACAUCAUACCUAAAACUAAGGAACUAACUAACUAAUCUAUUAUUUUUUAAACUAAUGAAUUUAAUUUAUAUUAAUUCGAAAUUCAAAUAACUAAUCAAUUAUAUUUUACUUAUUAAUGUAAUAAAUAAUUAUAUAUAUAUAUAUAUAUCUAUUCAUUCAUAUAUAUACAACUAUAUAUUAAUCCAAAUGCUAAAAAAAACAAAUUGUUCAAAACCCUCGCCAAAUACAUAAAAAUAUAAUUCUUAUAGUUAGAGUAUUAAUAUAUAUAUAUAUAUUAUAAAAUAAAUAUUAAUAGUAAUUAUAUGAUGAAACAUGUUACUAUUGAUAGUUUAAUGAAUAUAUUUUUUACGGGUUACUCAAACAAACAUGUAAUAUAUAUAUCAAAUAUAAACCAAUUGAACAAAUAUAUUAACACAAAUAUAUCAUAAAACAUUACAUUACAAAGAGUUAAUAUUUUAAUUGCUUAAAAAUAUAAUUAUAUCUAUAAAUUAUAAAAUUAAGAACUAAAUAUAAUAAAAAUAUAUAUCAAAAUUAAAAUAAUAAAUAUUUACAUUUCUAAUGCGAAUAAUGAAAUUAACUUUUAUAUUUAAAAUAAGCCAUAGACAAAACAUCAAAAAGUAUCUAAUAAUAUGUGAAUAACAAAAGUAAACUAACUAAAUAAACAAUUAUAUUUUUUUUUGCAAAUGUAAAUCAUUAAUUUGUAAUAGACGUAUACACAUUAUUGAUGCUCAAAUCUAUUUUAUUUUUUAGUAUGCAUCCACUCAAAUAUUAAUCCAUUAACAAGAUGGAAUUUUAGUUGGACUAAAAUUGUAUUAAAAUUGGAAUAUCAAUUUCAUAAUAUAUUCACUAUUCAUUUGAACGUUCAUGAAUAUAUAUUACAAUACUCUAAAUAUAAUAAUAAAUCAAACCGGAUUACAUAUUGGGUCAUCUAUCAGUUCAACCGAUAACCAGAUCUCGGGUUUUAGCGGUUGUUACGGGUUUUAUAGAAUCUUUAAAUAACAGUUUUUUUU